GAGAGAGGCGGGGUGUCCAGGAGGGGGGGGGGUCUGAUAAUGGACUAGUCCAAUCAGAAUGAGGUCAGAGGAAUAAUUAUCUCACAGUGUUAGAUAAGAGUUUAUUAUGGAGCAGCUGGCUGAUAUAUAUUCCACUCUGGUUAUAUUUCUGUUCAGUCCUGCUGUGUUUUAGUUUAAUAAAUAGUCCCCCCCCCCCCUGUAGUCUGGUGAGAUGGUCUGUCCCGGUCUGAGGCAGCUCCAGAUCCCUGUCUGAGGCUCCUGGAGCAGCAGAGACUCGGAGAGGAACGUAGAGCUGGCUUCUACUUUCCACCGGUUCCACUUUUAUAUUUAUAGAUCCAGAUCCGGAUCCAGGGGCCUUCAUGAAGAGCCCCAGCUCCGCAUCCCUGGUAUUAUGUGGGAGGCAGCAGCAGCAGCAGCCAGGGGCCCCUCACAGCUCUCUAGUGUCUGAACCAGGGACCCCUCACAGCUCUCUAGUGUCUGAACCAGGGACCCCUCACAGCUCUCUAGUGUCUGAACCAGGGACCCCUCACAGCUCAGACCGGACUCACACCGUCUCAGCCUCUCAGCGCUCUCUUUACGCGGCCGUUUGUCUCUGGAGAAUCUUUUUAUAAGCUGUUUUUUUUGUUGUGGUGGAGGAUCAGUGAGGCUGUUUAAAACAACAUGUACAACACGGUGUGGACAGCAGAGAAGGCAGGAGAGGAGGCGGACUGGAGGGACGUCAUGAUGCCCUACUCCACUGAGCUCAUCUUCUACCUGGAGAUGGACCAGCCGCCAGCUCUUCCUCCGAAGCCGGCCAAGCCCCAGCAGCCUUCCUCCUCCUCCUCCUCCUCGGUGGGGGGAGGAGGAGGCAGCAGCAACGGCUCCAAGGAGGGAGGAGCAGCAGGGUCCCUGCAGGAGGCCGAGUGGUACUGGGGGGACAUCUCCAGGGAGGAGGUGAACGAUAAGCUCCGGGACAUGCCUGACGGGACCUUCCUGGUGCGGGACGCCUCCACCAAGAUGCAGGGAGACUACACCCUCACUCUGAGGAAAGGAGGGAACAACAAGCUGAUCAAGAUCUACCACCGGGACGGGAAGUACGGUUUCUCCGACCCGCUGACCUUCUGCUCCGUGGUGGAGCUCAUCAGCCACUACAGACACGAGUCCCUGGCCCAGUACAACACCAAGCUGGACGUCAAGCUCAUGUUCCCCAUCUCACGCUUCCAGCAGGACCAGCUGGUGAAGGAGGAUAAUAUUGAUGCUGUGGGGAAGAAGCUGCAGGAAUACCACAAUCAGUACCAGGAGAAGAGCAAAGAGUACGACCGGCUCUACGAAGAAUACACCAAGACCUCUCAGGAGAUCCAGAUGAAGCGUACGGCCAUCGAGGCGUUCAACGAGACCAUAAAGAUCUUCGAGGAGCAGUGCCACACCCAGGAGCGCUACAGCAAAGACUACAUCGAGCGUUUCCGCCGCGAGGGCAACGACAAGGAGAUCGAGAGGAUCCUGAUGAACUACGAGAAGCUCAAGUCUCGACUCGGGGAGAUCCACGACAGCAAGGUGCGACUAGAGCAGGACCUGAAGACACAAGCCAUGGACAACCGCGAGACGGACAAGAAGAUGAACAGCCUGAAGCCAGACCUCAUCCAGCUCCGCAAGAUCAGGGACCAGUACCUCGUCUGGCUGAAUCACAAAGGAGUCCGUCAGAAACGGAUCAACGACUGGCUCGGGAUCAAGAACGACAACACCGACGAAGGCUACUUUGUGAGCGAGGAAGACGAGAACCUUCCUCACUACGAGGAGAAGAGCUGGUUCGUGGGAGAUCUGAACCGGACGCAGGCGGAGGAGCUGCUGAUGGGGAAACCAGACGGAGCGUUCCUGAUCCGGGAGAGCAGCAAGAAGGGCUGCUACGCCUGCUCCGUCAUUGUGGAGGGGGAGGUGAAGCACUGCGUGAUCUACAGCACGCCGCGCGGCUUCGGCUUCGCCGAGCCGUACAACCUGUACAGCAGCCUGAAGGAGCUGGUGCUCCACUACCACCACACCUCGCUGGUGCAGCACAACGACUCGCUCAACGUGCGCCUCGCAUACCCCGUCUACGCACAGAUGCCCUCCGGACGCAGAUGAAGCCCCGCCCACCUACCCACCGGACACGCCCCCUCAGAGCUGGGGGGUACGGGGGGACGGGGGGGGGGUCGGUUUUAAAGCGACACAGACCCCGUAAAGAUAGAAACAAAUAAAAAACACUUGCUGCAACACACACGUCAGCCACCUUGGAGUUUAUAUAUUUUUACAAGAACAUUUUCGGAGGGCAUUCUUUCUAAAGACUGCUUGAUUUGCACAAGGAAGUUUUAAAUGUUUGUGAAUGUGAAAAAAAAAAAUAAGCGACGGAAGGAGGAAAGGAAGGAGGAAAGGAAGGAAGGAGGCGUCAGAGUUUCAGGUCGACCCGCUGCUACCUAAACUCAGCUCAGAACUUUUUACCAGAAACUCAGAAAAAAAACACACGGAAAGACGACGAAGACGACGAUGAAACAUUCCCGAUUCUUUUCUUUUCUUUUCUUUUCUUUCUCACCUCAGAUGAUUCUGUUUUGUCGUUUCUUGUUUUUGAUCUUUCUGUUUGAGGAGAUGAUGAUGAUGAUGAUGAUGAUGAUGAUGUCUGUUCUCUGUCCCUCUCCGUACGGAAGAAAAAGCAAAAUAAUGUAGCAUAAAUAAGAAGACAACGGACACUUUGAACGUGUUCCUCCAUUAGAAGCUGCUGAAGGGGUACCGGGGGGGUUGGAGGGGGGUUUGGGAGGGGCACAGCGACACAACCGUUUUGUAUCUUACAGAAGGACGAAGGCUUGCUUUUCUACUAACUGUAGAGGGGUUUUUGUAUUCUUUUGCUUUGCUGGAACUUAGUGUUUUGUUGUUGUUUUUUGUUGCCAAUGUUGUAAACAACAAACAGAUCCGAACCAGAGACCAAAGUAGAGAGGAGACGGAGGAGUUUUAUUACUUUAUUCUUUCUGUUUCUGAAUGGAGAAAAGGUGGAAGGAGAGCAGAUGAAUGGUGUGUUUGAGAGACCACACAUAAAAAAAAAAAAAAAAAGAGUUUUGGGCCACGUGCUUGUGCACCAAAUCGCCUUUUUUUGGAAAAACCAAAUGGUACGAAAACAAACAAAUAAACAAACAAAUAAACGCCUCGAAGCACUUAAAGCACUCUGAGACACCAGCAGUCACUCAAACUGGAGCUUAAACUUCAUAAAUAUUCUCUUUAAAGUCAAUAAAAGAGAUAAUAAAGUCAUGUAAAAGACAAAAAUGUAAAAAAUGAAUAGAAUAAAGUCUAUUCAAGCCAAAAAAAAUUGGGAAGGAAGAGAAACAAGCUUAAGUUUAUCAAGAAUAAUGUGCAACUAAAAUGAAAGUUUUGAGGAUUUACUGCUUUGUUUUAUAGACUAUUCUGUCCUACAAAGUCUAACUGCAGUAACUACAUUUGAAUUUUAACUAAAAAUGAACUCCUUGGUGUUUGUUUUAUCUUGUGACAAAGUUUGAGAUUUAAAUUUUGCUUUAUUUCAGAGAAAUAAUGAUAUAAAAACCACAAAAUCCAACUGAAAACCAAAGCUAACCUUUGAUUGUGAUACACUGAAGCCUUGUAUUUCUUCAUCGUGUUGAAUAGUGAAGACAAGAAUAAUAGACAUUAAAGAAGUAAAAAUGUGAGAUAACAUUAUAUUAAGACUAAAAUAUAACAAUUCUUUGUAAUAUUAGGUCUAAAAUGCACAAAUCUUUUAAAAAAGAGUUGUUAACCACUUUUAAAUCCACUGAUAACAAAAUCAAUUUGUUUAUUCACUGAAAACAAAAUAUAAAACUCAUGAUUUUUUAGCAUAACAAUGUAGAAAUAAGUGUCAUAUCACUUACUAACACAUUUGUCUGCUCAGUUAAAAAACGUUAAAAAAAACUUCUCAGUUUAACCUUUUGUUAGUUACUGCAGUUAGACUUUGUAGGACAAAAACGUGUCUAAAAACAAGAUAAAAACACUAAAUCUGAGGGAAAAGUUACUCAAAACAAGUGAAAUUAUUGAUACUUGACAAGAUUUCUAGAAUUCAGAUUGUUAAUGCUAGAAAUAAGAUUAAAGUUAAACACUUAAAAUAAGAAAUUAACUCUCAAAACAAGAUAAAUUAUCCAACUUUGUAAGAAAUGUGCAGUGUAGAGUAACUUAUUCAGUGAGAACACAAUUAUUCUGGUGUUUUUGUCCAUUUUAUCAACUUUUUUCCACUUUUGAGUCCAGUAUUUCCACAGACUUGUUGUGUUCUGCCGGCAGUUAGAUAUUAAAUAUUAAAUAUUGGCUUUAAACAGCGUUUUGUGACUGUAUGAAGGACUCUCAGAGUGCUGCGUUCACUAAUGUUUCAUUUCAACAUUUAGUGAAGAAAAGGAGGCUGAAACAUUUUAUGUGUGGUUUAUAAACAACGAGAGAAAGAUGAAUAUGAAUAUAUGGUGAUAAACUGGGACUGUUUGUUGUGUUUUUGUAACAAAACCUUCAGAAAUAAUAAGCUUUGAUAAGAUGUUUUAUGUGUCACAGAGAGCAGAAGCUGAAGACGAUGCAGGCUUUAGAAGAAAAUACUGAAAACUUGAAAGAACGUGCAAUCUAUCUAUCGAUUUAUUAAUAUUAAUAUUAAUGUGAGCGUCGGCAGAGAUCCACAGAUAAUAAUAAUAAUCAGAGACGUGACGACACUUCUCUCUGCCUGAUCGCUUCCUUUUUCCUUUUUUCUUUUGGUACUAUUUCCUUUUUUUCCAGUUUGUUUUGAACUCAGAACUUGUUGUCGGUGCUCGACUUUCUAACCAGUGAAACUUUUUCUGUCAAAGACUUUAAACAAAAAGCAUCACACAAUAAAAAACAUCUUCAAAACGUGGAGAGAAAAACACAAA